GAAGAAGAACGGAAGUCAUUGUGCCAAUGUUUCUACACGAGCCUAUUUUGAGGAGGGGACCAGGGUAGCUAGUUUAGCGCCCUUAUUGUUGGCGUUGCUUUGUCCGCCAUUAGACUAUGGCUGUUCCAGGUCCCAAUAAGGACAACAUUCGAGCUGGGUGCAAGAAAUGCGGGUAUCCUGGGCACUUGACGUUUGAGUGCAGAAACUUUGUGAGAGUUGACCCCCAGAAGGACAUAGUUCUGGACGUCAGUAGCACCAGCACCGAGGAGAGUGAGGAGGAAGCCCCUCCUGUCCAACGCAACGAGAAGCUGGCCAGAAGCUGGCAUGGUCGUGGGGACUCUUCUGCUGAUGAUCGUAGAAAAGAAAGGCACAAGCGGAAGAAAAGCAAAGACAGAAAAUCAAGAAAGAGAUCCUCUUCAGCUUCAAGCGACCAGGAGACCUCCAGAAGGAAGAAGAAGCGCAGCAGGUCCCUUUCCACGUCGGAUGAAGAAGAGCGGCGAAAGAAAAAGAAAGUGAAAAGUCACAAGAAGAAAAGUAAGAAGAGCAAACGGGAGGAUGGGAAGCAUCACAAGAAGAGACAGAAAAAGAAAGCCCAAAGCUCCUCUGCCUCCUCCAGCUCCACGCCGUCAGACAGUGACUAGGGAGGGGAGUGUGGGGGGUGUCGUAAAUUCCUAAAGGUCAUUGGAACAAAAUACAUUUAUUCACUUGCUGGGUAGUGGGGAGUACAACGAGGAAGAAGCUUUCCACACUUUUAUGGAAGCUAUGCGGACCAUCUUGGAGGUACAGAACAUCUUGGAGAUAAAGCAUCAGAAGUUGUAGAGAAGAUGGAUGGAUGGAUGGAGAAAGGUCAUGCUGUGGUGCCAAACUGAUGUCAGCUGUCAGUGUUGUGUUCUACACGACCAAUGACCAACAUAUGUAUAUUGAUAUUAGAGAUAUUAUAUUAUAGAUAGAUAGAUAUUUGAUGGCCAGAGUGUCUGAAGCUCCCAAGGAACGUUUUGUUGUACCUGACCUCAAUAGUCAAUAAACCGACAACCUUUUUUAAUCUGGCAUCCACUUUUUUGGCAACAGUAUAAUGAUGCCAUCACCCCCACCCCUAAGCGACCAGUGUACAUCACAUGUACUCUAUAUUCAUUUCCAUCUGUCCAUCCAUUCAUAAAACUUUGGAAUAAAUGACACUUCCUUUUGGAACAUUUCUAACAGCAUUCCUGCAGAUGGCAGCAAAAUACCCUUCAUGUAUAGUCACUACCUGUUAAUGACUCGCUUACUGUUUAUAUUACACUGUGUCCUAUAUAGAUGGUUACAGUCUUCUAUAUAGAUGGUCUACAUAGAUGGUUACAGUUUUAUAUAUAUGGUAAAAUAAGCGUUGUAUGCCAUCAUAUUGAAUAUAUUCUAUCCCAAUGUUGACAGCCAUUCCACUUCCUGCUUGUUCAAAAAUUCAUUUAGACAAAGAAGCAAUGGGGCAUGGCUAAAAUAAAAUCCCCACAUGA